CCAUGGUGACGAGCGGUCCUCCCUUUGCGAAGUCUCCGCGCGACACAGACCCCUGGCCCUACCAGCCUGGCCUUAAAUGGUAGCUUCCCGUAGGUCAAACUACUUGGCCUUUUUUUUAAGGCGGGUCACACGAGAGAGACAGGUGGGGGGAUAUGACCCGAGUGAACUCCAGUUUUUACGAGGGAGAUUACGGCAACGGUGGAUUCGAAUCUGAGGGCGAAUAAGGGAAUCUGGAUUGAAAAGUCGGGUCACCCUUGGAUGCAACAAGUUGCUCUCCAUAUUUUUGAGAACUUUCCCCUCUCGGCCGCGGAUCCUGGAAACCACAGUAGUUCCCCCACCCUUUUUUCAGUUCGUCUACGAGACACUUAAAAAAAAACACCAAAAAACAAAUGCUUACGCAGAUAAAGAUAACAGCAGCUAUAACAUGAACGUGAAGAAUCCUAAAUGAAAAAGAAGGAAGUACAAAAAUGCAUGAUUCAGGAACUUGGGGAUAGCGAACUGAUGGAUACUGGAAAUGACAGUUCCCUUUCGAGCAGGAGUACUGUGUGCACUGUUGUGGAAUCUACAAGCUUUGUGGGUCAAGUGAAACUGACCCACGUCCAGGGCAAGCACACAUUUUUAAAUUUGCGCGCAAGAUUUAACUAGGAAUCCAAACUUGCUUUGUAUAACUACGAAUGUUGACAGAUAAUGGUUAAGAUAUUUUAAGCGUUUUCUUUUUCUCUUAAGUCAUGUUAUGUGAAUUACCUCUAGGCUUUGGGGAAUAUGCGUGAUAAUUCUCUUCCUGGCCAUGUUAUAAGUGUUUCGCGAAUGGUCUCAGUGAUGUACGGUUACGAACGAUUAAGGGCAUUUAGAUAAGACCCUGAGAAAAAAAAAAAAAUAUAUAUAUAUAUAGAUUCAGAAUUGAUAAAAAUACAAUGAUUCUUGCAAAUCGAAAGGCAUGAAAUCGAUGAUAAUGUCAAGGAUAUUAGAACUUCCUAAAUGAUGAAUAUAAGAGAUUGUAUGCGAGUAUAUGAUAUAAAUAUAUAUGAAGGGCAUUUCAUCGUCUUCGGGUCUUUGACUGUCUUUUGUGCUUAUUCUAAGAACGAGCGCUCGUGAGGAAAUCAGUUGUUCGUUGAAACAAUAACGCUGUAACGAGAAUCCAAAUAAUUGCAAGAACUUGAAAAUAUGAUUUGAUAAUGCAUCGUCAAGUGGUCUUAUUCAUAGAGGAUUGAAUCCUCCUCUCCCUCUGGCUGGCUACUCGAGUGUCUGUUGUGGAAUUAGAUCUUUUCUCUAUCAAAUGGAGUGACUCCUAUGGAAAAUAAAUGCUUCUGAGUCUUUCUCUCCAGUUUUUAACAAGUUCCUACAAAAAUGCCACUCGGAAUUAGUCAUUACGCUAAUCUUGGAAACCGAUAGACCCUCCUCAUGUUAGACUGUACAACUUCGUUUUCAAUUACACCCAAGAAAAUGCGGCAUCUCAGCUACUACAGCCAUUUCCUUCGGGAAUUUCAGUCUCCGAGAUUUUCGACCGUCAUGGAUUCAGUGCUUCGUGUGGCGUCUCCGACCGUACGAGUCUUCUCGAAUAUUCGAUGGCGGGCCUAGCGAAUCCUACUACUAGCCAGGCGCAGAGGAGAAUGUGCGAGUGUACAUAAACGAGAAACCAGAUCGAAUCUUGGAAGCCAUUCCUGAAAUUUUUUUUUUAAUUUUUUCGAAUUUUAACAUUUUUUUAAAAAAAGUAUUUUUAAAAAUUUUUUGGGGGGAUUCUGCGAAAGAGACGCUGACGGAGAGAUGAAUCACUCCCGCCAAGUGCUCGCGUCCUCGAUCCUCCUCCUCCUCCUCCUGGCCGCUCCCUACUCGGACAGCGAGUCUCCCUUCAAGAGGCGGCCCCCUCCUCCCGACGACCGGAUCUUCAAGCAGGACCGCAACAGCUGGGAGCGGACGAAGCCGCCGCAGGAGCUCGGCCCCCCACGCCAGCGGCAGCCUAGGCCUCCCUACCCGCAGGAGGAUUACGCCCACCCAUACGGGGGGACGGUGGGGGGGCCCGGCGGCGGGGGGGAGGAGGAGGUAGGGAAGAGGAAGCUGUCCAUCGGAAUCGUCCUCCCGCACUCCACCUUCAAGAAGAGGAAGUAUGACAGCACCAUCAAGAACGCCAUCUUCAACUUGGUCAAGAAGGCGGAACUGCAGGAGCUGGUGAAGAAUUAUGACCUGUCCUACAAGAACGUCGUCAUGAGCACCAUGCACGCCUCCUCCAGCCCCACAACGAUCCUGGAGACCCUCUGUGACCAGUUCCUGCCGAACAACGUCUCAGCCAUCCUGUACCUCUUCAAUUCCGAGAACUAUGGUAGGUCGACAGCCUCGGUCCAGUACUUCUUCCAGCUGGCGGGCUACCUGGGGAUUCCAGUUAUAGCCUGGAACGCUGAUAACUCCGGGCUGGAAAGGCGGACAUCGAGUUCACAGCUACAGCUGGCGCCAUCUAUCGAGCAGCAGGCAGCCGCUAUGCUCUCCAUCCUGCAACGCUACUCCUGGCCCAAGUUUGCGGUGGUGACGUCACUCAUCGCAGGACACAACGACUUCAUACAGGCUCUGAGGGACCUCAUUCUGGAACUCCCGACGAAGGGAAAUUCGGGGCAAGAGUUCACCAUCACAAACACGGUCCGGGUGGGCGACGCGGAAACGGACCUCGUGGAACUGGUGAAUUCGGAGGCCCGGAUACUCUUCCUGUACUCGACGCGUUCGGAAGCGGCCGCCAUCUUGGCCAAGGCAGCGGUGCUGGGACUGACAGGCAGAAAUUACUUAUGGAUCGUCACACAGAGUGUCAUACAGAGCCAACUGGAAGCACCUAUGGAAUUUCCAGUUGGAAUGCUCGGUAUUCACUUCGACACGCGGGACGAGGCCAUGAUAGACGAGAUCAAGACGUGUAUGUACGUCCUGGCCUACGGCCUGGCAGGACACAUCAAGGACGAGAAGAGCCGUGGAGUUCUGCCGGACCUGGCGCCGGAUCUCUCCUGCGACACGGGCGACGCCAGGUGGAGAGCGGGCGAUAAAUUUUACAGAUUCCUGAAGAACGUGAGCAUCGACAUGCAGAACGACCCUCCAGGACCGAACCUGGAAUUCAAGUCGGACGGGACGAGAAAAGCCAUAGAGCUCAAAAUCAUGAACCUGAGGCCAGAUCUGUCUCGCAAGUUGGUGUGGGAAGAGAUCGGCGUUUGGCACUCGGCGAAGCCAAUGGGUCUCGAGGUGAAGGACAUCGUCUGGCCCGGAUACUCCCACGUUCCCCCCAACGGUAUCCCCGAGAAGUUUCACCUCAAGAUCACCUUCAUGGAGGAGCCCCCUUUCAUCAACAUGGACCCGCCCCACCCCAUCACGGGGAAGUGCACGGCCAACAAGGGCGUCCCCUGCAGGAUCGCCUCCGACUACAUGAUGCAAGGAGUGAACGUGACCUGGGCCAUGCGAAACUCCAGCUACUACAGAUGCUGCUCCGGGUUCUGCAUCGACCUCUUGGUGAAGUUUUCCCACGACCUCGGCUUUUCCUACGACUUCUUCAGGGUGGAGGACGGCAUCUGGGGCGCCAUCGUGAACCUUUCGACACGGCCUCAUGGAUGCUAGUUGCUCUGGUUGCCAUCCAGGUAGCAGCCGUGUCCAUUUUCCUGUUCGAGUGGCUCAGUCCAUCUGGUUAUAACAUGAAGCUGGCGGCGCCGAACAACCACCGGUUUUCCCUUCUGAGGACCCUUUGGAUGGUCUGGGCCAUACUCUUCCAAGCAGCUGUCAACGUAGACUGCCCAAGAGGGUACACGGCCAGAUUCAUGGGUAACGUAUGGGCCAUGUUCGCCCUUAUCUUCCUCGCUAUCUACACUGCCAACUUGGCCGCCUUCAUGAUUACCAGGGAGGAGUUCUACGACCUGACCGGCGUUGAAGAUAAGCGGGUAAGUGUAGAAAAUAACCUUUUACCGCCCUUCAAGUUCGCCACGACGCUGCACGGCAACACCGACGUCCUCAUGAAGAAGUCCUUCCCCGUCAUGCACGCCUACAUGAGGCAGUUCAACCAAAGCAGUCCCAUCGAGGGCGUGAAGGCUGUCAAAAAGGGGAAGCUGGACGCCUUCCUCUACGACGCCACCGUCCUGGAAUACCUGGUGGGGCAGGACGACGAGUGCAAGCUCCUGACGGUGGGUUCCUGGUACGCCCUCACGGGCUACGGCGUCGCCUUCGCCCGGAAGUCGAAAUACCUCGAGAUGUUCAAUGAACAGAUCAUGAAAUACAGGGAAAACGGAGACCUAGAGAGAAUAGCCCGCUUCUGGUUCACGGGCGCCUGCAAGCCCAACAAACAGCAGAAAUCGUCCAGCAAACCCCUGGCUCUCGAGCAGUUCAUGUCAACGUUCCUCCUCCUGGGCUGUGGAAUCUUGCUAGCUCUCCUUCUCCUGGGGCUCGAACACGUCUACUUCAAGUACUUCAGGCAGUACAUGGCCAAGUCCGAGAAAGGAACUUGCUGUGCCUUGAUCAGUAUGAGUAUGGGCAAGUCCUUGAGUUUCCCGGGAGCCGUCUUCGAGGCGCAGGAUAUGAUCCGGAACCACAAGUGCCAAGAUCCUCUGUGCGACACCCACCUGUGGAAGGUCAAACACGAGUUGGACAUGGCUCGCCUGAGGAUACAGCACCUCGAGAACCAGCUCGUCUCCCACGGCCUCAGGCCACCUAAAAACUGGCAACAGGUCCUUCCUCCGCUCUGUUGGAAGCGGGUCUCGAUGGUCUCCGACUUCGAAACCUGCUAUGAGAGUGAGUUUGAAAUCGGCUUACAGUCGGAGGCCAUUGAUGAAAUCGAAGGAGACAGAACUGUCAGGUCGGGGAUGAUAGACUACAGGAAGCCGAGAGACAUGACGCGGAAUCACGUGACAACCAACGAGCCAAUCAGGGGACCCCUUCUAGCUGCAAGCAGUAGCAGCAGCGGCGGCGGAAGGUGCAGGAGAUUAGAGGUAGCUGAACUGGAGACGGUUCUCUGAGAGACGAGUUAUCCUGCCCGGUUUCAAAGCAGCGUCGACGUGACUGGUCCCGUGAAGCGGACUUUAGUUCAAAAAGCGAAACAUAGAUGGAGUUCAAAGCCAGUUCCUUGAAUGGCACUACGCAACAUUGGUUGUUUGAACGGCGUUCUUUUGGUCUUCAUAAAGGGACGUCUCUUUCUCUUUCUCGGUUUUGCAAGAGAGGAGGCAGCCAGGUGGACGUUUAUGAAUGGUUGACAGAUACCAGAUAGGUAGAGACUGUUUAUAUUAAGCCUCUCGUGUACAGAGAUGGCUAAAAAACGGUUUCGCAGCGGACGAUGAGGCAGGAUAUCAAACUGUGACUCAAGAUACACUCAUUACCGGCGAGAUUUUGUAGACGAAGAUGAAGAAGAAGAAGAAGAAGACUAGGUAACCAGAUCUCAGAGUACUCUUUCCCUUCCGCGGUGAGGUGAAAAAGACGCCAUUUAUGUACCCCUUCACUUCGCUCCCCGGAGAGAAACACAACGUAGCUUGUUGCUUGACCAAACCACCAAAAAAAACUUCGCCCCUUAAAUGUGUGUGUGUGUGUGUGUGUGUGUGAGAGAGAGAGAGAGAGAGAGAGAGA